AUGAAUUUAUUGUCUUCUAUGAUUGAUGAUUUAUUAGAAAAUAAGUCUAAUGAUAUCCGAAAACUUUUAAGUCAACGUAUUAAAAUUUAUACAAUUAGUGACAGCUCUCAUGAGAUUAGCGUAAAGCUUUCUAAUGAUGGGAUUACUGAUAUACUUAAACGUAAUAAAAAUCUUCCAAAUCAACCAUUCAACAAACAAAUCAAGUAUGAUAUAAAAAUUUCAAAUCAUGAUCAGGAUCCUCUUUGGCUUAACGUUGAUCAUUUAAUGGCCUGUUUCGUUUUUGAUAUCUAUCAUGCCGUAUCCGGAUCAAAUCGCGUACCGAAUAUCGAUUUAAAUACAGGGAAGGAUCUCUAUUAUGCCUUUGAUGAAUCUACACCAAAGUUCAAAAAACAACCUACUAAUGAAGGCGCCAUAAAGUUCUGUUUCUCUGUGAAUAAUCCUACAAAUCUGUCAAUAAAUAAAAGAAAGUGUGGAAACACUUUAAGGGACUUUUUGUUAGCAAUAGGAGAGUUCGAAAGAAAUGACAAAAAUAUAACAUUGGCAAUUAAGAACGCACUUAAUGAUAUAAUCGGCGCUUAUUCAAAAGUUGAGUGGGAAAUUUCAGAAGAUAAGUUGUUUGAUAUAAAAAAUAUUUUAAUUAGGCCAAAAGAAGAAGAACUUUCAAAACUCGUUGAUUAUGUAGUAGCUAUGCAGAUAAUUAUUAAAAAUCCAAGGCUCAAUAAUAUGAAAAUAUCGAUGAAAAUUGAUUUAAAUAAUAAUGGAUCAAAAAGCACAUUAAAGUGGAUACCAAUGAUAACAGACAUGUCUAAAACAAAACUUAUUUAUGACUAUCUUUUUAAAUACAGAUAUCCUACGAAAAAGUGGAGAAAUCUUUCUUUUGGUUAUUUAUGCUUGUUAAUGAUGCCUCAAUUAUUAGUGGUACAAGUACCAGGAAAUGUGUUAGACUUUCAACUUGAUGGAAUUCUGAUUUCAAAAGUAACUGAUGUUAAAAUUAAAAUUACUGAUCCAGGUGUUAUUAAUGGUAACCCAAAAAUUAAAAUUACUGAUCCAGGUGUUAUUAAUGGUAACCCAAAAAUUAUUAUUAAAGCUUGUGCAAGUAUUAGAGAUAUUAAAUCUGUUAAUAUAUUAACACAAAAUGAUAACAUGCAAUCCUUAAUAAUGGAAUUUGAUACUGGUACGACACUUACUCAAAUUGCAAAAGCAAUAAAUGUUAGCAAAAAUACAUAUGACAAACUUAAUGUUCCUUUGUAUGAUAUGCCUUUGAGCGUUAUCGAAGUUAAAGAUGCGACUAUUGACUUAGAACAUAAUGAUGCAAAAUGGAUUGGAAAAAUUAAAAGCAUAGCCAAAAUAAUUGGAAAGCAACUUUAUUUUGCAUGUUCUCCUAAAGAGCCCAUAACUGUAACUAUAUCUAGCACUUUUGAAGCACUUGUUGCUAGUUGUAGAACAGUGGUCUCUAGAAAUUCUUACCCACGAACUGUUGUAGCUACAAUAACCUCUACUAGUUGCUUGGUUAUCCCUACGCUAAACAAGUGA